CCCUUGCUUCAACCUCUACCCCUCUCCCACUCAUUCUGCUCAACACCAUGAAGUUUGCUACAUCUCUCGUCGUCUCUGCCCUCGUCGCCGUUGGCGUCGUCUCGGCCGCUCCUGAGCUCCAAAAGCGUUACGAUGAGCGACAGGUCUACACCUUCGCCAACUCGGGCGCAAAGACCGCUGCCGAAGCCUGCGACAAGUGGCGCUGCGCCUGCGUCAACUACGUCCCCAAGGACUCGUCGCUCAGGUUUGGCUAUACCCUCUGCCGUCCCGGAGACACGUCUGGCAAGAACAUGGACACUGAAGUCCAGGCAUACUGCACCUUCGUCAAGGACGGACAGCGCGCUCCUGUCAACGUCAACAAGCACACGGCUGCAAACUCGGGACUCACUCUCGUCCAGUAGACGGGCGAUAUACCAAGCCUCCGACUCCUUUCGCCUUUGACUUCUUUUUGCAGCGCCGACAUUGUAUGCUGCGUUCUUGACCCACUCCGUUUGAAUUACCACAUCA